AAAGCACUAAAGACAUUAUUUCCACAGGUCAGUACGCGCGUGUGCGCGUUAAGAAUUACAUGUCGCACGAUAUUUUGUUGAAAUCAAAAUGGCGGCAUUUAUAAGUUUAUUUUUUUUAUUUGUGACACUGUUACAUGAGUUAGUCGACGGCCGUGGAUUAGCAGGAUCCUCACAUGACAAGGUUAUAGUGUGCUACGUGUCCCGAUGGUCGGUUUACAGGCCUGGAGCUGGUAGCUUUGACAUAUUCGAUAUAGAACCAUCUCUCUGCACGCAUCUCAUUUAUUGCUUCGUCGGCCUUGACGAGAACUCGUUUAAGAUUAAAAAUAUUGAUCCACACCAAGAUUUGGAAACAGAUAAUGGUAAAGGAGGCUUCAAACGUAUUGUGGCCUUGAAAGAAAAACACAAACAUCUAAAAGUAUCAGUUGGUAUUGGAGGAUGGAAUGAGGGUUCUGCUAAAUAUUCCAAGAUGGCCGCUGACUCAAAACUGAGGAAUAUAUUUAUAAGGAGCGUCAUGAACUUUUUAGAAACUCAUAAAUUCGAUGGUCUUGAUCUGAACUGGGAUUACCCGACCCAAAGAGGAGGUAAACCGGAGGAUAGAAAAAACUUCGUACACUUGAUAAGGGAAUUAUCAGAGGCUUUCGAACCAUAUGGCUUCCUUCUCACAUCUGCAUUGCGACCUGGUAAAGAUGAUAUGGACACUGUGUAUGAUCUAACACAUGUCAAUUACUACCUGGAUUUUAUGAUUAUUAUGACGUAUGACUACCAUGGAGCUUGGGACGGUGUGGUUGGAGCCAAUGCGCCAAUACGUGGCCAACACAAAGAUGAUAUAUAUAGCAUAGAAUACACAGUCAACUACCUCCUGUCGCAUGGUCUCACUCCGAGUAAAAUGGUAUUUGGUUUACCCAUGUACGGACGAACCUAUACAUUCAAUACUCGUGGUGUAAAAGACAUAAUCUUUGGCGAAACAACAACAAAAACAACUGGUUUUCAAGGGCAAUUCAGUAAAGAAGACGGGUUCAUGGGAUACAAUGAGAUCUGUUUGGAAAUUACAAACAAAUCCUCACUAUGGACUCAACACUGGGAGGAGCAUACGAGCACGCCGUACAUCCGAGAUGAUGAACGUUUCAUCACUUACGAUAAUCCUCGCUCCAUCGCCAAUAAAGUGAAAUAUGCAAUGGAUCGUGGUUUCGGUGGCUUCUCAGCUUGGAGUAUCGUCACUGAUGACUUCAGGGGUUCCUGUGACGAGGAACCAGAUACUUACAAAGAUUACAUUGAGAGAUUCAAUAAGAUUUCAGACCAAAAUCUAUUGAAAGAUGCCCUAAUAAGUUUAACAGAAGGCGACAAUGAGAAUCAAUUCUACGUGAUAUCGGAUAAAAAAGUACGCUUACGUCUUCCGAAGCCGAGUUUCGCUAAUUAUCCCCUUCUAAGAACUGUCAACGAAGCUAUAUUCCUAGCAACAGAAGAGAAAAAAGUUCUAGAUGAAAUGGAAAAGAUUAAAACUCAAAGAAGGAAUGAAUUGGAGAAGGGCAGUUCUCCCUGUAUUAGGACUUGCACAGAGGUCUGCUUUUAUGGCUUGUAAGGUGACAGAUGACGGUGACGUCACAAUGUGCAGUUUCCUACUAUUACUUUAGAUAACAUAGAAUGUAGAUUUGAUACCUCAUAUACUAUUUUUUUUUUAAAUUUUGUAACAGUUUGUUUUUAAACCUAGAUGGACUUUAAAAAAAAUACAAAGAUCUUAAUAUUAUUUUUUAUUUUUAUUUAGUUAAAGUUAGUUGCAUUAUUUACUUUGACUAGUCAAUACAGUUGUAUAACUUUUGUAAUAAAAAUAAAUUAAUGAUAAGACAAAUGCCUAAUAAAUAGAAGUGUAUUUUUGUAUAUUAGUCCUCUACGCGUUCCUAAGCAGUUCAUCCAUUUUGAUGAAGCGAGGUAGAAAGGUUAUAAUCCUAGGUAAUUUCGAUAAAUGUUCAGGCGGCUUUUUUUCGUUGAAAAAACCUCAAUACCACAACGUAGUCUGGAAAUUGGAAGUAUACACCGUGGCUCAGAAAGCACGUAAAGCCGCUGGUCCUGCUCCUAAACUCUUUCCGGUCGUGUCGGAUAUGCUGUCCCAUCAGCUAUUAUAUAGAUAGUGUACCCAUAUGCUCAUACACUUCAGCACAAUAAUAUGCCUAGCCUGGUCUAGUUGUCUAGCUGCCAAAUUGGUCAGGAGAACAUCAUCAUCUCUAUCCGCGCGUAACCGGUAUAAGUAGCUAGUACUUAAUAAAUAUGAACUGUAAUUUAUUAUAUUAAAUUUUUGUACUGAUUGAAUUACUUAAGGAAAUAAAAAAAUAAAAAAAAAACUAUUUUGCAGUUAUAUAAUAUAUUAUAUAAUUAAAAAAUUGUUAAUACGUAAGCAUGUAUUUCAAAUAUAAAAAUUUUAAAUAAAAUUUUUUAAUCGUUGAACACUUCCCCUUUCCUUACCGGUUGUCAAGUAAACGGUAGAUUUUUGAUUUGCCUAAAAUUGACUCUUUUUGGGGUAGAGAAACGAAAUAAAUGUUAUAGUUUAGCAAAAGGAAUAAAAUUUAUAGUUUAAAAACCA